UGAAAUGUCUCUAAAGUACCAGGAAGUUUAAACGAAGGUUGGGUGUCUGUAAGAUGGCGGGUUGUGUGUUGAUGUGGACUGUAACACUGUGUGUGUUUGUCGACGCUCAGCUUGGUCAAAUGAUUAACAUCGCUUUCAACAAAGCGUGCAGUAUUAGUUCCCGGUAUGCAGAGAAUGGCAAAUCAUCUGGAGACUGCUCUGCCGCUAUCAAUGGAAACACAGACACAAAUUUCGACCUCUGGGCAAGACCACCCAACUGUAUCCACACUGCAACAAACGACCACAAUCCUCUGUGGUGGGUGGAUCUGGGACGAAACUUUUCCUUGCACUCAAUCAUCAUCUACGGACGCAGAAACAAUAUACAAAGAAUGAACUGUGUUGAAGUAUCACUCGAUGGAGAACACGUGUACACGUUUUCGUGUACGGGUACAGUGGAUGUGACCACCGUCAUUGAUCUCAGUCCGCCUCGACAUGGACGAGUGGUGACCAUCACUAGAAACUAUACAACACCAGGCGAUUAUUCACCAUUUUUAAACAUAUGCGAAGUCCAAAUCUGGGUGUGUAAGGUCGGAUGGUGGGGCAGUGACUGUCAAACUCAGUGCAGUCAAACGUGUCAACACGCAGGUGAUGAUACCAGGGAAGAUAAUUACUGCGACUCAGACAAUGGUGCUUGUGUUAAAGGUUGCGUGCCGGGAUCCUGGGGAGAGAACUGUACACAUACCUGUGGAGUAGGCUGUGGCGACGGUUGUUCAGCAAGUUACUACAACAUGUCUAACGACUGUCACAACACCUGUGAUGAAGGAUGUAACAACACAUGUAGCAGGACUGACGGAGCAUGUCAGUGUCGGCGAGGAUGGCAGCUUCCUCUGUGUCAACAAUGCUCAGACGGUUAUUACAAUGAGUCUAACGACUGUCAAAACACCUGUGGUGGAGGAUGUCAUGACACAUGUAACAAGACUGACGGGACAUGUCAGUGUCGGCAAGGAUGGCAGCCUCCUCUGUGUCAACAUUGCAUGGAAGGUCACUACAGCGAGUCUAACGACUGUCAAAACACCUGUGGUGGAGGAUGUAAUGACACCUGCAGCAGGACUGACGGGACAUGUCUGUGUCAGUCAGGAUGGCAGCCUCCUCUCUGCCAAUUGGAAAUGAAGUCCGAUUCAAACAGUCUUUCUGUAGGUGUCAUCGCUGGACCUGUCGUGGCAGUGGUUGUUGCUUCUGUCGUCGUAGUGAUCAUCGUUAUGUGGCUCAGGAGUCGACGACAGCACAAAGGAAGCCAGCCUGAACGAUCACGACAUCAUUACACAUCAUCCUGGAAUAACCAACAAGAACUCUCAAUGUCUAAUCCAGGAAAUGAAGCAGCAUACGAAGGUAUUUCAGCGGCCAAUGCAAAACAGGGUAGCAAACCAACAGUAGCUGUCAAGCCGCAGACGCACACCACACCUGUGGACAAAGUAGGGGACAUACAUAUCAACCAUAACUUGUCUGAAGAACAGUCGCAUGACAGUCAGUAUGUCCUGAACACUAUAUACAGUGAAUAUUCUGGUAAUGGAAAUACUUCAGGAGCAGUGACUAAUACAGAUAAUUUAGCCAACGGAAGUAGGGCAAAAGGACAAGUUACAGGGCCAGGUACAACACAGGGGCCUGUUGUACAAAACAAAAACGCAGAGAAAAACAUCUAUGAAAAUGUCAAGAUGAAGACAAAUUCCCUCACAAAGUCUAAAGACAGACAGUCCAAGCCACCACGUACAAAAUCAGAUGAUGACAUUACAAACGCUACAGACGACGAAGGAGAGGACAUCUACAACACAGAGGACAUCUACGCCUCCUAUCGGUCACUUGAGCCCUCAUCAAUACUCGAUGACUUCCAGAAGUCGUUGCUGGCGAGUCUUGUGUCUGGAAGACUUGGAACAGAGUUUGCGGAAUUUUCCAAAGAGAUGCAGCACCCACACGAAGUCGCUUCCAUGCCUGAAAAUUCCAAAAAGAAUCGCUUUAAGGCGUUAUGUGCUUACGACCAUUCCAGAGUUGUCCUCCACAGACCAAAAGGAGACAAGAAUACAGACUAUAUCAACGCAAACUACAUAAAGGGAUGCCUUAAGGAAAAAGGAUACAUAGCCACACAAGGUCCACGCGCAAACACGAUCGCUGACCUGUGGUGGAUGGUGUGGCAGGAGAACACCAAGCAGAUUAUUAUGCUGUCCAACCUCAUCGAAGGUGGGAAGAACAAGUGUGAGGAGUACUGGCCACAAGUCGGCACCAAGAAGACAUACGGUCACGUGACAGUGACAGCCUUGAAAGUAGACACGAGGGCAGACUUCAUCAUCCGUUACUUUUCCUUGGAAACAAAAAAGGGUGGUGAACAGAGGACGGUAUCUCAGUAUCACUACCUGGUGUGGCCUGACCACGGGGUGCCGUCCACCCUCUCGUUGGUCAACUUCUGGCGCUACGUCCGAACACGGGCACAAGGUGGCAUACCUGUCGUUCACUGCAGCGCUGGCGUUGGACGAACCGGCACGUACAUCGCCUUAGACAUCGCCUCUGACCUGAGGUCACGUGGACGUGAUGUAAACGUCAAGGAAAUCGUCAGCAGACUACGUGAAGACAGAACACUUAUGGUCCAGACGGAAGCUCAGUACAAGUUCCUCCAUGAAGCCAUCCUAGAAGAACAUACCAGCCGUACAUCCAGGAUGACCUUUGACCAGUUUGACAAUGCGUUUCCUGAUACCAUCAAUAUUUACAGGGAGUCGCGGGUAGACAAAGAAUUUAAGAUGUUAAAUCAGAUGGGAGAGUUCGUUGCAAAACCAAAAUACGGACUAGCUGCUUCUAAAGAGAACAUUCAUAAAAACCGGAGUAAAGAAUCUCUGCCAGACGAUGAUCAUUUGGAGUAUCUCACGGACUACGUGCCUGGCAGAAACCAGUACAUCAACGCCGUCCACAUGUCGUCGUUUAGGAAAUCACAAGGGCUGAUCCUGACUCAACUCCCCUUGCCGUACACCGUGGUGGACUUGUGGCGUCUGGUUGAUGGACGGGACGUCAAGACGAUUGUUUCUCUUGGACACAAGGACCAGAGUCAAUUUGUCGAGAAUUAUUGUCGCUACUGGCCUGGUACAGACAAGGACACACUGAAGGCUGGGCCAUACUCCAUCAGCUUAACUUCUUCCUCUGCACUUGGAGAUCAUCUCACCUGCUACAACCUGUCCCUCACCACAAAGGCAUCGAAGGAUAAAACAGUCCGAGUUCUUUACUACGAGGACUGGGCAGACCUAGUGCCAGGUAGGGUCUCAGACAUUCUUCAGCUGACAGACAUUUUGGAAUCAUGGCAUGUUGAAGAGGAUUCCUCACCUAUAGUUGUACAGUGCAGUGACGGUAUGACAAGAAGCGGCAUGUUCUGUGCACUGUAUGACGUCAUCAACCGGGCCAGGUAUGACCAGGAGAUAGAUGUCUACCUACCUGUGAGACAGGUUCGAACUGUCAGACAGCAGGCUAUUACUUCACAGGUACAGUAUCGUUACUGUUACCAGGCUGCACAAGAGUGCAAACGUCAGCAUAGUAUUUAUCAGAACACGUGACCAGUUCAUUCCCUCUAUGACGUCCAUUCACAUGAGGUUAUAGAAAGAAAUGAGUAUCCAGCAGCAAGCGGGAAAAAAGUUGUUCGAUCUGGACUUUCUGAGGACGAGGAUGAUGGUUUUAAAGAGAAACGGGUUUUUAUUUUAUUUUAUUAGGUCGUGUUGUGCCUUCUUACUUCAGGAAAAAAAUGACACAUUGUACUUGUACAGUGAUUUAAACUCUGUGCAUGGUGACAGAAAUAUGUGUGCUACUUACCAACACAUCCAUAAGUACUGUUAUAUGAAGCACACAGUGUCAUGUACCUAUGGUUUGUAAAUGUGAGUAGAUUGUGCUCCUGCUGAUGGAACUACAAAGUAUGUCUCUUAGAAAAUGAUGAUUUGAUGGUCCGUAUCCUUUAAACCAAGACCUAUCAAUAUAUCAAUAAAUCAUUGCACAGCUGACGAGAUGUUUUUAUCUACAAAUAAUAUUAAGCCAUUAUUGUAUAUGUCUUUAUAGAAGUAAGUCUAAACUUUGAGAAGUAUUUUAUUUAAUAGUGCAUAAAGGAUAAAAAUAACAGUUGUUAUGUUGUGUAAAUAGGUUUUUUUUAUAUUUGAAUCAAAAUGUAUAGUUAGCCGAAAGUCACUUUUUGAUCAAGUGAUGAUUUAUACAAUGUAUGUGAAGACAUAUCGAGAAAUUAAAAAGUAUUCUGUUAAAAAUUUUGUGGUUAGCAAAU